AUGCUUCGCAUCAAAUCGCACGCGAAGAAGAAGGCCAAGGCAGCGGCCAAGGCUAAACCUGCAGCUGCAGCUACACCAGCAGACGACGGCAAGAAAGACGAGGAAGCCGCUGGUGGUGGCGAUGGUGGGGGUGACCCGCCUGCAGAUAGCGGGGCUGGAGGCGAUGGUGGCGACGGGGAUAAGGGGAAGAAAAAGACCAAGAAGGAGAAGGAGGAAGAGGAGCGCUUAAAGAAAGAGGAGGAGGAGCGUUUGCAAAAGGAGGAGGAAGAGCGCCUGGCGAAGGAAGAAGAGGAGCGGUUGGCGAAAGAGGAGGAAGAGCGUCUGGCAAAGGAGGCUGAAGAGGAGGCCGAGCGCAAGAAGAAGGAAGAGGAAGAAGCGGCAGCUGCAGCCGCAGCGAAACCAUCGAUACUAAACGCUACAGCUGGCUUGAGUUGGGGAAAGGAGCCAGCAGCAGAUGACUGGGCCUCGUUUGGUGCGGCCGCUCCCGGCAAGAAGAAGAAGGGCAAAAAGGGGAAGACGGCCGAGCCCGCACCCCCGCCUCCUCCUGAUCCUCCAGCGGAACCGCCGACAACAUUCGACGAUAUUAACCUGGACGAAGCAAGUGCGCCAAAGAUUGACAUGAAUUUCAGUGAUACGGGCGCAUCAAAAUCUGGAUUUGGACUUCCCGGGCUUGGCAAUUGGACCUCCGGCUGGGGCUCAUCGAACAAAGACGCGACUGCAGAAGGCGACAACCCUUGGGGCUCAGAUAAGAAAAAGAAGGAGGACGGAUUCGAUUUCGAUUUUGACGCGUUCAAGAGUCCCCCGGCUGAGGACAAACCUGCUGAUGAUGAUGGCUGGGGCGGUCUACUCGCUUCCAAGACCAAGAAGAAGAGCAAGAAAGGGGCUCUGAUUGACGACAGUGUGCCAGAGGUACCUCCGCCGCCGCCAGAGCCUGAGAAGAAAGAGGAAGACGAUUCAUGGGGCGCAUUCAGCUUUGGCGCCACCAAGGACAAGAAGAAAAAGAAGAAGGGUGUAAUUGAAGAAGAGCCUCCGCCACCUGAGCCAGAACCAGAACCUGUCGUCGAGGCUGAGCCAUCGCCUGCCAAAGAGGAGGACCCAUGGGGUGGUGGUUGGGGAGCGGCUGCUGCUGCUGGCACCAAGAAGAAGAAAGGUAAGAAGGGAGCCAAGGAAGAACCUCCACCUCCCGAGCCGGAAGCCGAACCUGAGCCGGUACCUGAACCUGAGCCGGAGCCGGAACCCCCGAAAGAACCAGAGCCAGUCGUGGAUCCUUACGCAGGACUCAGCAAGUCGCAGGCGAAGAAACUCAAAACCAAGUUGGACAAAGAGGCUAAGCAGAAGGAGGAAGAAGAUGCCAAGCGCGCGAAAGAGGAGGAGGAAGCUGCUGAGAUCAGGCGACAGGAAGAGGAAGAGGCAGAACGGAUACGCUUAGAAGAGGAGGAAGCCGAGCUGAAGAAGAUGGAGGAAGAGGAAGCCGCCGCCGCCGCUGCUGAAGCUGAGAAGGCUAAGCAGAAAGACGACACCUGGGGCGAUUGGGGUGGUGCAGCUCCGACAACUACGAAGAAGAAGAAAAAGGGCAAGAAAGGUGCAGAGGAAGAAAUUCCGCCACCGCCACCACCCCCUCCUGAGCCUGAAGCUGAGCCUGAGCCCGCUCCGGCUGAGGACAGACCAGUUGAUCCGUGGGAUGAUUGGGGCUCAACACCUCCUGCUGCUGUCAAGAAAAUGAAGAAGAGCAAGAAGGGUGUGCUUAUCGAACCUGUCAUCGAAGAGCCGCCGCCACCACCGGAACCUGAGCCUGAGCCAGCACAAGAAGACGAGAAGGGCACCGACUGGGGCCUGAGUUCGAUAUGGGGCGGAGGAAAGAAGAAGAAGAAGAGCAGUAAAUCCGUCGAACUGGACUCGCUUCCCGCACCUAGCCCUGAGCCCAUAAUCGAAGAGCUUGCUUCCGUUCACCAACCCGAAGACGUCGAAGAGCCCAAGGAAGACGAAUCCGACGACUGGGGCGCGCCAUCCUGGAGCAAGAAGAAGAAUAAGGAUCCGAAGAAGGAUGCGCCUGAAGAGGUUAUUGAGGACACCAGUACGCCCGUUCAGAAACCCGACGAGGAUGAUCCUUGGGGCAGCGCAGCCUUCAACAUUGGCAAGAAGUCAAAGAAGAGCAAGAAGGGCCUAGUUCCACCGAACGUGCCGACGCCGCCGGGAGAAUUUGAGUCAGAGUUUCCGGCGCCGAAGGAAAUUGAAGCGCCUCCACCAGCCCAAGACGAAGACAUCUGGGGUGCUCCUGCUACUGUCACCAAGAAGAAGAAGAGUAAGACUGUCAGUAGCCUGCUCAGCAAAUUCGAACCCGAAAGCUCUCCGCCAAAAUCGACAAACGAUACUUUCGAGGAUCUUAUCUCGCUCGACGACCCACCGCCACCGCCUCCUGAGCCAGAACCAGUAGUGGAAGAAGCUCCAGCGCCAGUCGAGGAGAAGAAGAAGAGCAAGAAAGAGAAAGAGACGAAGUCGAGCAGCAUCUGGGGUUCUCUUAGUGGUUCCAAGAAGCCGAAGAACGAGACACCUACAGAGAAGAGAGUGCGAGAGAGGAAGGAGAGGAAAGAACGAGAAGAGCAGGAGCGUCUGGAGAAGGAGGCUGCUGAGAAAGAGGAGGAAGAGCGCCUGGCCCGCGAAGCUGAAGAGGCGGCGGCUGAACAGGCGCGUAUUGAGGCCGAAGAAGCUGAGGCGGCACGUAUAUUAGCAGAGGAAGAGGAAGAGAAAAAGAGGAAAGAAGAGGAGUCAGCAGCCUCAAAACUGGCGGGUUGGGGCGCCAGCAUCUGGGGCGCUUCAAAGAAGAAGACGGAAACCCCAAGGGAGAGAAGAGCCCGCGAGAAGAAAGAGGAGGAAGAACGUCUGGCGAAAGAAGCUGCCGAGCAAGCAGAGAAGGAGCGUCUCGAGCAAGAAGAACAGGAACGUCUUCAGCGCGAAGAAGAGGAGCGUCUAGAACAGGAACGCCUCGAGCGUGAAGAGCAGGAGCGUAUUGAGGCAGAAGAAGCUGAGCGUGCUGCUGAAGAAGAAAGACUCCGCAUCGAAGCCGAGGAGGCUGAGAGAGCUCGCAUAGCUGCAGAAGAGGAAGAAGCGCGUCGCAUAGCUGAGGAAGAAGCUAAAGCAAGUUCCGGAUGGGGCAUGUUUGGCUUAGGGAAGAAGAAGGAGUCGAGCAAGGCGAAGCGUGAGCGAGAGGCCAAGGAGAAGAAGGCGGCUGAAGAAAAAGAACGGCUGGAGCGUGAAGCCAGAGAAGCUGCUGAAGCUGAAGCAGCUGCCGCGGCCGAGGCCGAAGCCGCUGAAGCCGCUGAAGCCGCCGAGGCGGAGAGGGUUGCGAAGGAGGCGGAAGAGGCCGAGUUUGCUCGUAUUGCUGCUGAGCAGGAUAUGGUACUCGAGCCUGAGCCAGCCCCGAAAGAAAAGAAGAAGAAAAAGAAGAGAGGCAUUGUUGAAGAACUUCCACCGCCUCCGCCGCCCCCACCCGCCGAGCCUACGAAUGACGACGAACUGUUCGAUCUGAUCAAGGAUGAAGACGCAGGUGAUCUCUUGGCCGAGCUCGAGAAGCCUACCAGGAAAGAGGAGAAGGAAGCGGCUAGCGGUUGGGGCAGUGCGUGGGGUAUCUCUCUGCGCAAGACCAAGCCUGAACAGCCAAAGCCUAGCAUCUGGGAUGAACCAGAACCGGAGCCAGAGCCGGAGCCUGAACCCGAAGUCGAGGAACCCGAGCCAGAGCCAGAGCCAGAAGCUGAACCCGAGCCGGAGCCAGAGCCUGAACCGGAGCCUGUCAAACUCACCCCCAAGGAGGAGCGAAGACUCAAAAAGUCCAAGAAGCAUCGGCAUGUGGAGCCAGAGCCAGAACCAGCCCCAGAGCCAGAGGUUGAAGAGGCCCCUCCUGAGCCAGAACCUGAGCCAGAACCGGAGGUGGUCGUCGUUGAAAAGCCCAAGAAGAAGCUGUCCUCCAAGGAAAAGAAGAAGCUGGAAGAGGAGAAACUCAAGGAGGAGAAACGGCUGAAGAAGUUGAAGAAGGCCGGGAAGUUAGUCGAAGCUCCUAUUGCAAUUCCUGAACCCGACCCAGAGCCUGAAGUACCUGCCGAGAGAUCCCCUCCUGCACCUGGUGCAUUCCCCGACGACGAAGGCGAUACGAUGGACUUCCAUGACGCAGAGGAUGCAGCGCCGCCAGAAGAGCCUGAACCAGAGCCUGAACCUGAACCAGCCGCCGAACCGGAACCUGAGCCUGAACCAGCACCAGUGCCCGGACCUUCUAUUCUUUCGGAGCUGAAGAAGUUGAAGAAGACCAAAAAGAGCAGCAAAUCGAGAGGGUUCAGUUUCGACGACCCGCCGCCGCCGCCUCUGGAGCCUGAACCAAUCGUCGAGGAACCUGAGCCAGAGCCAGAGCCAGAGCCGGAAGCUGAACCUGAGCCUGAACCCGAAGCGGAACCAGAACCAGAACCGGAGCCAGAGCCAGAGCCAGUCAAACUCACCCCCAAGGAGGAGCGGAGACUCAAGAAGUCCAAGAAGAGUAGCAAGACAAGGACACGUCAGCCAGAACCUGAGCCUGAACCUGAGCCAGAACCCAUUAUCGAAGAAGCGCCUGAAGAAGCAGACCCUGACAUGGACGACGACGAGGAGGCUCCCGAAAAACUUCCUACACCACCUCCAGAAGUUGCGCCUGAGCCCCCGUCGGAAUCUCCAAGAAAAGAGCGUGUCAAGCUAGGUCGCAGCGCUACCACGGCCGCUGGAGGAUGGGGCUUAUUUGGUGCGGCCAAGACUAAGACCAGAAGGGUGUCUGGUGGUGAAGACGGCGCCGGCCUUCCCGAUCGCACAAAGUCUGUACGAACCUCGUCCACUCGGGACAAUGACAUCAAGUCACGUUCAUCAGGCUCGGACAAGGUGCACUCAUCCAAGCCAACGGUUUCACGGUCCAAAACGGCCCGCGCUGGUACUGGGCUAGGUGCCAUGUUUGGUGUUGCUCCGCCCCCGCCUUCACGAUCAAAGUCACAUCGCACACCCAAGACCACGUCGCGCCGACCCUCAAUCGACCAGGACGCUGCUAUGAUGUCGCCGCCACAAACAGACACUGACGCAAGGGUCUCUUCAAAGGCCGCCAAGGUCAUGGGCAUGAAAAGCUCGUCGCGCAGGACCAGCACUCGGGACGCCAGAGAUAAGGGCUUCCGUCGAGGUGAGCCGUUCCCCGCUAAGCACGAUGCGCCUGUCAUUGGCCGGCGCAGCCGUAAGCAAACAUUCGGAGCUAACCCUAUGGCAGCUGUUCCAGACCCGUAUCCUAUUGACGACGACCAAGAUCUUGACGAUGAGUCUCCUCCCCCAGCUCCCCGUCCAGAGCCAUCGCGUCGCAAAUCCAAGCGCGACUCCGCGCAACCCCUUGAACCCUUGACUGCACCGCCUAGCGCUGACGAUCCUAUCGUCGUCGACCCUAUGGACAUGGACCCUGCCCCAGCUGAGGCUGAGCGGCCCCGCCGCGAACGUGAGCGGGAGCGACCCCGUCGUGCGCGCGGCAAUUCUGACGCAAUGGGAACGCUUGCUGGUGUCGCAGGUACUGCUGCUGCUGUGAAGGGCUUCAAGGGAAUGUUUGGCCUUGGUCGCAAGAAGGCUGCGCCGGAAGAGGCACCCCGCGAGCGCCGCCGGACCGCCUACGAGACCGAAGACGAGCGUAGACAUCGCAAGCGAUCGACAACCCGUGGAGGCGCAACAGAGGAUGAGGCGAAGCGGCUGCGACACGAGCGCCGCAGUCUGCGCCAUCCACCUCCUGAGGACGUUAUGAUGUCAGGCGCAAAUGGCACCCCUGAGGACUACGAUGCUGAGCGAGAGGCUCGACGAGCUGAGCGUAGAUCCAAACGCGAUGGAGACAAAGGAGCCCGGCGCGCUGAGCUUGAAGAGGCAGAGGCCAAGGCAGAGCGCCGUCGCGAACGUGAGCGCGAGAACGAGCGUGCGACUCUUGCGGAGAAGAAGGCCCGUCAGAUGGCUGAGUUGGAGCGUCGCAACCAGGAGGCCGAGGAACAACUGCGUCGCAUGGCCGAGAAGGAGGAGCGGAAGAAGGCACGAGGCGAGCGCAAACCGCCAUCCGACGAACGAGAGCGCGAGAAGCGUUCUUCGCGCCGCAAAGACAAGGACCGCGAAGAGCCCCGCCCAAAGACUGAACGCCGUCGAACAGUGCACGUGGACGAAGACGCAGAACGUCGCCGUCGUCACGAAGAGCGCCGUGCCGCCAGACGCAACUCCGAAUACCCCGUCGCAGCCAGCGGCGAGCCCAUCACCGACUACUUCGACGAGCGCAACGGCGGGGCCCGCAAACACCGCAGUUCGCGCCAGGCCCGCGACGAGGAAGAAAACAUGCCGUACAGCAACAACAAGAGCGGCGACAAGACCUCCUCGUGGGUGGAAUCCCUCUCCAACGAGCCACCCCUCCCUCCCCCCAUCUCCGAAACCGUCCUCGACCCCGCCCCCGGCGCGCGCGAGACCCCCGAGGAAGACGAGGAAACCUUCUCGCAAGACGAAGACAUCCGCCUGCGCAUCGCCGGCCGCAAGGGACCCAAGCGCGAUAAAGAACGUGCGGAGCGCCGCAAGGCAGAGGACAAGGAACGCGAUCGCGAUAGGACGCACAAGCACAGUCGCCGGGCUACACACUACGAAGGCAUGAAGACGGUUGAUGACGACAGAGAGCGCAAGAGGGCGUCCCGCCGCACAAGCUACGUGCCUGCGUAUGAAGAGCCGCCUGUGCGCACUUGGGAUGGCAGACCGGCUGUUGAUGGCGGUGCCCCGGCUGUCAAGAGGGGAAGCUGGUUUAAGAAGAUGUUUUAA